UGGUCGUCUUGCUUCUGCAUCUGCAUCUGCCAGUGGCAGUCUCUCUCACUGAAUCAUUCAUCUUUUGAUUAUUUUUCAUCUCCCUCUUUGAUCUCCUCUCAAGGCAAAAAGGGCACACUUGACUCUUGCCUCCUCCCUCGCCAUCCAAUCCCCUCUUCUCUUGCUAGUUCUCCUCUUUCCAGUCAAACUCUCUUUCACCACCUUGAAAGCAAUGUCAUCUCUAGUUUGCUGCUUCAGGCCAUUGGCCAUGGCGAUGCUGCUACUCAUUCCUGCUGCACUGUGUCAACCGCGUAAGGGCAAUGACAGGAUCACAACGCUCCCUGGGCAGCCUGAGGUGAGCUUUGCGCAGUACUCGGGCUACAUUGGCGUGGAUGGAAUGGGAAGCAGGGCACUCUUCUACUACUUUGUGGAGGCAGAGAUUGACCCUGCCACCAAGCCUCUUGUGCUGUGGCUCAAUGGAGGACCUGGGUGUUCUUCGCUUGGUGUAGGGGCCUUCUCAGAGAAUGGUCCUUUCAGGCCUAGUGGGCAGAUGCUAGUGAAGAAUGAGUACAGCUGGAACAAAGAAGCGAAUUUGAUUUACCUGGAGACACCAGCUGGUGUUGGCUACUCCUACUCUGCUGAUGCUGCCUACUACCAGGGUGUGGACGACAAGAUGACAGCAAUGGACAAUAUGGUAUUCAUGCAAAGGUGGCUUGAAAAGUUCCCACAGUACAAGGGCAGAGAGCUAUACAUUUCCGGAGAAAGCUAUGCAGGGCACUACAUUCCACAACUUGCCGAGGUCAUGGUAGAGUUCAAUAAGAAGGACAGGAUUUUCAACCUCAAAGGACUUGCUUUGGGCAAUCCUGUUCUUGAGUUCACCACUGACUUCAACUCGAGGGCAGAGUACUUCUGGUCUCAUGGCCUCAUUUCAGACUCAACAUACAGGAUUUUUACCUCCGUUUGCAACUACUCCCGCUAUGUCAGUGAGUACUAUGGUGGAUCGCUUAGCCCACUUUGUGCACGGGUGAUGAACCAAGUAACCCGUGAGACUAGCCAGUUCGUGGACAAGUACGAUGUGACCCUUGACGUCUGCUUGUCAUCAGUCCUCUCCCAGUCAAUGAUCCUCUCCCCUCAUAGGCAGGUCGGGCAGCCCAUUGAUGUUUGUGUCGAGGACGAGACGGUGAAAUACUUGAACCGGAGGGAUGUUAAGAAAGCACUCCAUGCGAAGCUCAUCGGUGUAAAAAAUUGGGCAGUUUGCAGCAGUGUUCUUGAGUACGAGUUCCUCAACUUGCAGAUUCCGACAAUCAACAUAGUUGGCUCACUUGUCAAGUCCGGCAUCAGAGUACUAGUGUACAGCGGUGAUCAGGACUCGGUGAUCCCUCUAACGGGAAGCAGGACGCUGGUGCAGAAUCUAGCGCGCGAUCUAGGCCUCAAGGCAACCAUCCCGUAUCGAGUUUGGUUCGAAGGGAAGCAGGUUGGUGGGUGGACUCAGGUAUACGGCGACAUGCUUUCCUUCGCCACCAUUAGAGGAGCUUCACACGAGGCGCCAUUCUCGCAGCCAGAACGCUCUCUCGUGCUUUUCAGGGCAUUCCUACAAGGCAGGCCUCUACCGGAAACCUUCUCAUGAUAAUGAACGUUGCCUCUGCAGCAAUGAGAGGAUUUGUUGUUCCUGCAGUCCUGCUUGUGCAAGAGGUUUAGUUGUGUUUAGUUAUGUGAGAAAUGUAAACUAAAAAUCGAGUUUGUCCUGCGGGUCAAGCUGCAUGGGCGACUCCGAGCGCGAUACCGUGGGUGACUCUGCGAGGUUCACCGGCGGCAAAUUCUGGUC